CCAAUUUCAGUCUCUGCCAACGAUGGGAGAUGGCACCACAUUUGCCUCACAUGGCGAAGCUCAAAUGGCUCAUGGAAUUUUUAUAAGGACGGAACGCUUGCUGCGUCUGGCUCACCGUUGAAUGCAAGGCACGUGAUUAAGGCAGGAGGAUGUCUUGUUCUGGGUCAAUCCCAAAAAGACGUUUGUGGUGUUUUCAAAGCGGACAAGAGAUUUUUUGGCCUUUUAGCAAACGUCAACAUUUGGGACCAGGUACUUUCUUACACCACCAUUACUGCAAUGUCUCAUUCCUGCUAUUCUGGUAUUGGAAAUGUUGUCCAGUGGCUCGACUUCAGCGACGCUGUCAUGGGCAAUGUAGAGGUGACGCCCUCAACCUGUAAACCUGAAACUUAA